CUUAUUUCAAUGUCACAAACUUCCAGAAGGACCUCACAAGAAGUUUAUAUACCCCCUUCAAAACCACCAACAUUGACUGUAUCACAGAUUAUUGAAACCUUAGUACCAUGUGGUCUUCAAAUAUCAGAAGAAUUUCUUAAUAGCCCACAACCAGAUAAAGUACAGGCGUUAUACUGGGUGUUUAUUGAUAUCCUGGUGGGUUGGCGGAUAAGACAUAUUGAAGAAAGGAUCAAUAUGUUAUCUAAAAAAUUAACAGAGGACUCAGCAAGGAGUAUUGAACUAUAUAAAGCAAUGAAGAAACUUUUACAGUCAAUAGGUUAUACAGAUUUUACUAUGCUGGACGUUGUAACACCUACAAAACCACGACUGAUAUCAGUAUUAAGUGUACUCGUUCAUUAUAUGGCAUUUAGACAUAAAGCGUGGAAUAUUGUCAAUAAACCUUUAAAACAGUCGAUGCAAAAGAUGCAAAAUGCUGUUGUGGUUUGUCAAGAAGAGGCUAUAAUUAAAGAAAGAUUUAUAGAAGCGAAAGCUAUUCGUAACGAACAUGAAUCAGAAAUAAAAGAGAUAGAAAAGGACAAUCAAAUUCUGCUGGAAGAACUACAACAAGUGGAGAAAAAGAGUAAAGAGCUGAACGUAGAGCAUCAGAUGAUCAAAAGUGAGCAGGCACCAAUGAUUGAACGUUUGCAUUCGUAUAAAGAGACACUGGGACUAAGUCGAGAAAGACUGGUAGAAUACAAAUCUAAGGCAGAAAUAAACAUUGAUCAUUUGAUGGAUUCAACACGAACGUUUAAACUGAAAACAGAGCAAUCAAAGGAGAUGAUUUUGGAUUACGACUUUAAACUGCAGAGAGUAGAAACUACAUUCCCUCGUCAUAAGGCCAUCUUGAAAGCGCUUUCAACUACUUUAAAGCUUCUUCGCGACGUUUAUGGUGAAAACGCAGAACUAAAUAAAGCCAAGAGCACGAAUACUGCUUUAUUAGAAGAGAUAUUUAACCGUAAAGUACAGCUUGAAUCUGAGGAAAAGUCAAGUGAGGCUGUCAUGAAAGAAAUGAGAAAGUAUGAACACAACUUGAAUAAAGUAAAGAUUAAGUUUGAAAACAGUCGAGAACGACACAAGACGCGUCAAAAAGAAUUUGAAGAAUCAAGAAAGGAUCUUGAAGAAAAGCUGUUUGGCGCAUAUGAAGAGCUUAAGCAAAUUAUGCGUGAGAUAAGUACUCAUGAAGAAGAGGUAGGCGAUAUAUACAUAUACUAUGUAUACAUAUCUUAACUAUUUGUAUAGUACAAGAGGAUAAUAUACGAGGAUCAAAGAGAGCAAGCAGCACUUGAUGAGAAAUUCUAUCAAGUAUACUUAAAGAUAGAUCUUAUAGAACAAUCACUACGAUCAACCAGGGUCGAUUAAGCUCUCAUUCCUUAGUUAUUAGACAUUGAUCAUUUGCAUACACACAAAAAUAUAAAACUAGAAAUAAAUAUACCACAUUUCUUUAUUCAUGA